AUGGAAGAGGUCACGGUCAAAGAACCAGAGGUGAAAGAUUUGAUUUCAGCAGUAAAUAGCCCAAUCAAAGAUAUUGGACCAAAAACUGUUGUCAGGAGUCUCCCAUUUGAAAAGCAUUUCCUUGAUGAAUUCAAUGAUGAAAGUAUGCCAAGUCCUAUACGUCCAUCCAAAGUACAUACUCCAUCAUCAAAGAUGCUGGGACACCCGACAUUCAUGUCCAGUCCAAGUCCUGCACACAAGAUGCCAGGAAGUGGCACACGAAGUGAACUCUAUCUCAAGUCAGUGAUGUCAUCUCCUUAUCAACACAAGACCUACACUCCAUUGUCGGCAACACCUGCUGGGCUCAGUCCAAUGUUCCAGACCCCAAUCAGGAAAACUAAUGAAGUUCCUAGUCAUUAUAAUACCCCACAGAUGAACAGGCUUCCCCCUGGGUUUCCCCAAUAUACACCCAAAGGGGAGAUAAUCACAAAUCCCUUUGAUAAUGGGAUGUAUGGCGAGGUUGGUGGACCAAUAUUCAUGAGUCCUGGAGUAUUUGCUGUACGCUCAUCUCCAGAUAAUGAAGAAAAGAAGGUGUUCAGUUGGGCCAUAGAGCAUAUUGCUGAGUUAAACCCUGCAGAUAUUGAGGAGAAUCCUAAACAACAGACUGCUCAUUCUCUACCUGACCGAGAGACUGAGGCGAGAGUACAACAAGCUAUAGAGAAGUAUUUCUCCGAUAACCUGGUAGCUCCCUCUCCAUGGUCAGACCCAAAGGCACCUGUCAUUAAGACCACACCAAAUUCAGAUGAGCGGUUGCCUAAGUCUUGUUUAGAGCCAGACCUUCAGGGAUCAAUACAGAAGCAGCUUCCGCAGAAAUCUAUCCGGACACAGGAAGUUGGUUGCCAAACCAUGCUGACUCUACCAGUAGAUUUUGAUAUCAACAACGUUUUAGGCCAACAUAUGACAUGUGAACUCAGCGAUGAAAACAACCAAGAGAUGCUAAGCACCUCUUCUCUCAGACGCAAGCUGUUUUUCCAGGCAGAUACAAGUAGUGUUGCUCCCAGUCCUGUUAAGGCAGGGCCAUUUGAGGGUGACCAUAGUUUAGUGAACAUCUGUGCUUCGCCUCGAGUGUUACCAGUCAAACAGACAAAACUGCCAGAAAGCUGGGAUCAAGCCACGCCCCUAAAGACUCCUUCACGGAACCAGUUUUCAUCUAGUCCCAUUAAAAAUACUGAUAGCUUGCCUCUACCAAAACACAGCCACUCUCCACCACUAGAGGACUUCUCAGACACAGAGUUAUCUCCCAUUUUCCGAGGUCACCAGAGUCGUACUGCUAAAUCAAGAUCAUCAGGAUUCUUUGUACCUCAUGAGGGUAGUUUUGUGGAGGAUGACAUUUUUUCCGCAGGGGAGAGAAAAGCUUUAUUCACGCAAGAUCUUCCUUUGAGUCCUGAAAUUUCUCCAAUUAAAAGUCAAAUUAACUGGGAUGUUUCUCCAGAGGAAGGUCGUCAUCCGUCUCGUACGUCUUUAGAAAGUCCUGGAAUUUCUCCGAUCAGAUCAGAAUCUCCAUACAAUGAGGAAAAUGCUGAUGGGUCCUUCAUACAGGAUAACAAGGGCUUCACAUUAGAAGAGGAGGAUGAUGAUGUAGUUACUCCAGUAGCCAGUAAGGAGUGUUCUGUGAAGAAGAAGACCGUAUCUAAUCGCAAAAUCUCUCACCUCAGUCGACAUAAACAUCGGACCAGCUUGUUCCAAGAGGACUUAGAUAACACACCAAUGGACUACGACUCGGUACCGCCAAUCAAAAACCUAAGAUUUGCUGAUGAUAUAAAGACUUCUAGUUUACUUGUAACAACUAAAGAUUUUUCUAUGGCUGAGAUGGAUUUCAGCCAAGACAAUAAUGCAGGAUAUUCCACCAAUCAGGAUACAGGAUAUCAGACUGCAAGUUUACAGUCCACCAAUCAGGAAACAGGCUUGCAUACAAACUUGACAUCACAGUUUAAUUCACUUCCUUUUAAUACCACAAACCAGGAUGUCGGAAGUUCCAUCGAGAGCAUGUUCUGUCCUGGUACUUCUGAAGAACUCCCCAAGCAGGAUGACAGUGCAUUCAUGUCUGGCGAAAAUAUCACCUGUGGUGACACGGACAGCAGUAAGAAAGAGGUUGUGCAACAGCUUCUAGAUCUCACAAACUUAGACAAAUUUGAGCAAGAAGAUGAGAUUUUAGAGCGUGCAAAAAGAGCCCUAUCUAUGGCAAACAGACUCUUACCAAGUCAAGACCAAGGUUCUAGACCUGAUAGAGAUCAUAUUCCUCAAAAGGGGCUACAGAUACUUCAUGAACUUGAGCCAUUAGUAUCAACAGUUGAAAAAACAGCUCCUGUUGGUGUUACAGACACUGAGACAGAGUCAGCAAGUGAAAAAGCUCUAGCAAUCUUGCGUCGUGCUGGUGAGGAUCUUGCCAAAAUCGGAACAUUUUUAGAACAAAAACCAUCAGUUUAA